AUGAACCCUACUUAUCGCUCUCCUAACUCUCCGGGCCGGUCCCAACGAGCCCCCGCCCCGGUUUAUCACGACGACGAAUUGGCUCGCCCCGGAUCUUCCGGUAGUGAUGCUUCCUCCAAUGUGACCACCGUCUCCGCUGCCCCGAUCACCCCGAUCAACCCACCUCCCGGUGGUGGUUAUUUCUCUCCACACCGAUCCUCCUCAGCAACCACGUCGCCCCAACACGCGGCCGCUAGAAUGCCGCAAGACCGUCGGCCGUCGGGUCGAGGCCCUUCGUCCGAACUGACGCGACAUAGAUCGCGACAUCACUCACAGGGUUUCUUUGAGCCUUCAUUACCCACUGCAUCGUCCGAUCAAAUGCCCGCGGUGUCGGCUUCCCGCAUUGCUGCUCAGGCUGCGAUGCAGCAGAUCAAACGUUCAGAUGACGCACUACGAAGUGGCAGUUCCUCUCCUCCACCUUUACCCGCGUUGAUUCCCGCUCCUCUUCGACUGAAUCAGCCCUCUCCCAAUGUGGCAACAACGGCUGCCAACGUGGUGUUCCCGCGGGCUGGCGCAGCAGCCCAGCCGAUGGACCAACCAGAAAACAAGAAGAAGAAAAAAUUAUUCUCAAAACCGAAACAUAUCGUCCUAAAUCGAGAGAAGUCGGAUAAUUUUGCCCGGGAUCGUGGACUGCCGUCUCCAAGCAAGAUUGGCAAUGGUCUUUCGCGCAUGGUUAGCGGGUCUACGGCCAGCUUGGCCGAUCUGCCCUCUAACAACUCCUCCAUGUAUAAUCUGUCCAAUGCGUCCGUCAGCACCGUGGUACCAGCUGGAGAUAAAGCUCAAUCUGCUGUGCCGGAGAAAGACACCAAGGACAAGGAUAAACACAAGCAUCACUUUUUGUCGCGGCAGAAGCUGAAAUUGAAGGACCGUGACGAGCAUUUGAAGCUACCUCUAUCCUCGGCGUCGAGUAAUUCUCGUCCUGCUGAUCCCAAUGCUCCUCAGUCCCUUUACUCGUUCACCGGACCUUCAUCCCCGGCACCAGGUGCCACAUUCGGGAAGUCCGUUAGUGGGUUGGAUCUGCUACAUGGCGGUCGAGCUCUGCGCGAAAAGAAGAAGGAAGAAAAGGUGAAGGAGAAGGCGUUCGGGGAAUCCGAGCAUACUGAAUGGCUCAAUAAUGCGGCGGCGGGUGGAAAUGCUGCUGCCACCGUCUUUACUGGGCCUUCUUCCUUAAACAGCUCGUCUGGUGCGAUGGGAGAGGCGGUGCUACGAGAGACUUUGCAAGGCUUCGGACUAAACAACAUGUCCCCUGAGGAUGCAUGGGACUUCCUCAAGGCGAAGUUGCUGGUCAUCUUUGAUGGUGAGGAUGUGCGAAUUGCCAUCGAGGACCUGAACAAGCUUGUGCUGGUGCACCUACAACGCUGUGUUCAGAAGCGCACUCCUACGUCAAUCAUUUUCGAUCUUCAAGAACUGCUGGAGACGGGCUUUGCGACGCUCAAUCAUAGUUCAUUGGUCGGGAUUGCCGAUGAAAAACUCGUUCCCCAUUUAGUUCAAGUGUGGCUGUUGGUCUUUGGCACUAUAUUGCCAUUCAUCCAAGCCGUUUUCUUACCUCUGGACCUCGAGUUCAAGGGCGUUGGCUCCUUGAUGACCCCUCGUGAAGCUCAUGAAUUCUGGGGAUCACUACCAGUCGGUGGAUUCCUGGACGUCCGAAACAUAGUCUUGAUCGCCUUCCGCGACCGCAUGAUCUUAAACCGCUACGAGACCCUCAAACAAACCUUUUCCCGCCUCAGCCUCGACAGCAUCAACACUGGAUUCCCUACACUUAGCGUGACAGCCAAAAGCGCCGGCACAGGCGGCCGACCAGGCACAGCUGCAUCACUAGAUGCAGGCCUUGGCAGUUACAACUCCCAAUCCUCGACAAUGCUCAGCAAUGCUGCUGACAGCUACUCCUCCGACUCAGUGAGUAUUCUAGCUCACACAAACACCAAUUACAGACCCGGAAGCAGCGACUCCCGCAGCCGCGCCGCAUCCAACACAUCCUCUAACCCAGACCCAAUGAUCUUCUCCUCUGUUUCGUCUCCUCCAACCUCGAACCAACGCCCAACCAUAAUACACCGCGUUGGCUCUGCGGACUCAUCCCACGUCAUCACCGAGACAGUCGGCCGCAUGCUCCAAUGCGUCAGCGUACUCGCAAGCGUCCAAACAGAUGACGAAUCGCAGGAAAGAAUUGAAGUGCUCAGCAAAGCUCUAAAGCACAACUGGCUCGGCCGAGGCCGGACAGGUCGCGAUCGUCGGGGCUUCGUUGGCGCAAAGAUACGUCCUGUCAUGGUUGGUGGACCCGUUCCCACGAUUAUGGAUGAUGGGGACUCCCUCACGACGGCGGGCAUCAGUAUCGGUGCUAGCACCAGUACCGGUGGCUCCCGUGCCCGUGGAGAUUCAUCCUCUUCGGAUUGGAGCGGACAGGGAAUGGGAAUGAGUAUGCGGAGUGGGACAAGUGGAAGACGGGAAUUGAGCGUUCUUUGA